AUGGAGUUCGCCUCUGUUUUACCUACUAAUGUGGCGCUUCAGUUCAACGAGACGACGGUGGAAUAUGACGAUGGAGAUGACCCGGACGCUGUCACGUUGCUGUCCAUAUUGCUUGUCGGUAUAUUCCUAUCGCUGCUAAUAUUCCUAAGUGUAGCUGGGAACAUAUUGGUCUGCAUCGCUAUCUACACGGACCGAGGUUUGCGACGCAUCGGCAACCUGUUCCUCGCAUCGUUAGCUAUCGCUGACAUGCUGGUAGCAGCCGCUGUCAUGACAUUUGCUGGAGUAAAUGAUUUGCUAGGAUACUGGGUCUUCGGCGAGCAAUUCUGCGACACCUGGGUAGCAUGUGACGUCAUGUGCUCAACUGCCUCCAUUCUCAACCUGUGCGCAAUCUCGCUCGACAGAUACAUACACAUCAAAGACCCUUUGAGGUACGGACGCUGGGUAACUCGACGAGUGGCAGUGGCAACUAUAGCCAUGAUCUGGCUCCUAGCUGGUCUGGUGAGCUUCCUACCCAUAUCGCUGGGGCUACACAGGCCUGAUGAAGAGGCUCUGGCUACCCAGAAGCCGCCCAGAUACCCCACGUGUGCUCUAGUGCUGACUCCGACUUAUGCUGUCGUAUCCAGCUGUAUAUCCUUCAUACUGCCAUGUAUAGUGAUGAUAAGUAUAUACUGCAGGCUAUACUGCUACGCCCAGAAACACGUGAAGUCUAUCCGGGCCGUAACUCGAACGGUUCAAAUGCCGGACAACCGAACGAAGUCGGUGCGAACGCGGGUCCAUACACACGUACAUUCGUCCCCCUACCAUGUGUCUGACCAUAAAGCGGCCAUCACCGUCGGCAUCAUUAUGGGAGUCUUCCUCCUAUGCUGGGUGCCAUUCUUCUGUGUCAAUAUCGUCGCUGCGUUUUGUAAAACGUGUAUACCAGAUCUGGCGUUCAAAAUCCUGACAUGGCUUGGAUACUCAAACUCGGCGUUUAACCCUAUAAUAUACUCGAUAUUCAACACAGGAUUUCGGGAAGCAUUCAAGAAGAUAUUGACGUCUAGGUACCCACCGUGUUGUGGCUACCAAAGUGUUAGGGCUAACACACCAACGAGAAAUGAUAACUUCGUAACUGACUACGGUACUAAGACUUUAGUGGUACGCCGGAGCGGGUCUCUUGGCUUAUCAGGGGUAGAUCCUACUCCAAGGUCAUCAGCCGAGUCAGUUCGACCACUCAGAGAGUACCACAUUUGA